AGCAAAAAAAGAAGGACACACCAUCUCGUGUCUGCUACUCCGAACUGGCCAUCAGCAGUCGAAAUGCCGGGAGUUUCACUCGCUCGCUAGCAGUGUGACACAGUUGACUGUCCCGGUCCUGGUGCUAGAGAGGAAAGUUUUCCACCUUCCAAGAAGCGUCGACGGUUCGGAAAGUUUACAAUCGCAUUAUGAAAGUAAUCAGUGAACGUGUUCAAACAAAAUAACGGCAGCGGCAAAGUGCCACGCCAUGCCGAGUGCAGCAAACAUAUGUGAAGGCUAUAAACAUAAAUCAAGUUGAAACCCGCGAAGCACUCGCAAACAAGAGCAAAUUGGCAGAUGCGAAUUUGAUCAACUGUCGCGGCACGGGCGAAGAAUUUGAUUGUGUAUUACAAGUGCACUUUAAAACAAUGAGAAACAAAGCUAGAAAAAGUAACCGAAAAGAUGUGGAGGAAGGAGUGGAGGGUAGAGGGAACUCACGAGACGAGACGGCAUCAUAACCACACCUAUUUGUCAACGUUAAGAGCUGCUUCCGCACAUUCUUCAAAGACGGUACGUAAUAAAAAAAUAGCCGAGCUCUGGAAAGGAAAGCGAAAGAGGAACGAACAGCUCAGAAGUUUAUUAUUUUUAUAUGCUUUAUGAACUUCGUCUCGGAUGUGGUGUAAAUUUCAAACUUACUCGCCGAGAGUUGUGUAUAGAGCGAGAGGAGUAGAGUUGUGACGUGUUGAACGGUGUGCUAGUGUGCGUGAAAAUUCUCCCGACUGCUUCUAAAAGGCGGAGCCAGUCUGUGCCAGUUUCGAAGAGUAAACUACGAAAUCAGGAAAACGUGUUUCUAUACAAAACAUCAGGCUCUCGUGAGAACUGACAGCGAUUGAAUUUUCUUGAAAAGUGGAAAAGCUUGUUUGAACGUGUGACGUGCCUUCGUACUAACACAAGCAACGUCAACAUUGACUCCACCCUCUGUGAGCUAAAAUUCCUUCUGGGAAAAACAAACACACUGAUAAACAAGCAUCCAGUUGGUGGAGAAGGGCGUGGCAAUCCAGACACAACGAAACAGGAAUCAAGGAGAAAACUAGAAAUAACAUGGCGUCAUUAGCUCUCGGAUACCGACCAAUUCUCUCGCUCACUGUCUCUCCACAAUCACUCUGUAGUGGUGUUAGUUACCGGCGUGAUUUUAGAACCGGUCAAUCAGAACACGAAACUACCUGGAAGCGUGUUCUUUCCCACCUCAAACUAUGGAGACCGAGACACUAAAUAGUGCUAGAUGCUGCCCCCAAUUCGACACACCUGCGAUGCAACCACUUGGACGCCGCGCGUCCGUUAAGCCGAAUACAAAUGGAAGGAUUCUGUUUUACGAACCACUAAAACCGAACCCGUUCUCCUGAGCUUCCUCGGCGGUCUCACUACGGACGGCCGGAAAGAAAUCAGUUUGCGUGGGCACUGUCCCACGUGGCGCACUCGGUUCGUAUGCCAAGAAUAGGACGACGGUACUCGAGCUCCAUAAUCGUAACUUUCAAUUAGGCCGUAAAACCCGAUAUGCGGCGGGAAGAUGAAUUUGCUCCGCGUUGUGUCUGCCUGCUCCUGUCGAGUUCCUCGAUCGUGUGGUUGCCUCACAGAAGCUGUACGGACGUCGGAUCGGCAUGAGUCGCAUUUGGAACGGACCCAUUCCUUACGUGAUGAUCUCCAAAGCCAGCGCAGUAGAGCCCAUCCUGAGCAAUCCGAAGCUGGUGGAGAAAAGUGCCGACUACGAGUUUCUGAAACCGUGGCUCGGCAAUGGCUUGCUAACCUCACCCGGUAGCGUAUGGCAUCCCCGUCGAAAGGCUUUAACACCGGCAUUCCACUUCAAGAUCCUGUCGGACUUUGUACAGAUUUUCCACCGCCAGAGUUUGAUAUUCGCGGAGAAGCUAGCGGAAAAAUUAGACAGCGCCGAUGGAUUCAACAUCGUACCGAUGGCGACGCUGUGCGCAUUAGAUAUUUUCUGUGAAACGGCCAUUGGAUUUUCCAUACACGCACAAAACAAUUCCGACUCGGACUACGUCCGUGCGCACAAAGAAAUUGGUAAAAUCAUACGUAACCGGUUGCAAAAAAUCUGGCUUCAGCCGGAUUUCAUCUUCAAGCGGACCGACGAAUUUCGAAAGCACCAGGAGUGCCUAGCGGUGCUGCAUGAAUUUUCCGACCGGGUAGUCAAGGAACGUAAAGCUGAAUUGGUGAAGCGUCGCCAGACACAGGAAGUGGAUACAAAUAACAACGCUUCGUCAGAGAAUGAUAACCACGGGCCACGGAAGAAGCAGCUUGCCUUCCUGGAUCUGCUAAUCGAAGGCUCACUAGACGGCAAUGGUCUCAGCGAUUUGGCAAUUCGUGAAGAGGUUGAUACAUUUGUGAUUGGCGGUCACGAUACAACUGCGGCUGCCAUAUCCUGGAUCUUGCUGCUACUGGGAUCUGAUCUGGAGGCUCAGGAUCGUGUGUUCAAUGAGAUCGACCAGAUUAUGGUUGGCGACCGUGACCGGAUACCGACGAUGCAGGAACUAAGCGAAAUGAAAUAUCUCGAAUGUUGCAUCAAGGAAACCCUACGACUUUAUCCCAGCAUCCCGCUGAUCGCCCGCCGAUUGACCGAAGAUGUUCAGGUCCAUGAUUACACUAUCCCUGCCGGUACGAAUGCUAUGAUAGUGGUCUAUCAUCUGCAUCGAGACCCGACGGUUUUCGCCAACCCGGAUAAGUUUAACCCGGACAAUUUUCUACCAGAGAACUGCAACGGAAGACAUCCGUACGCGUACAUUCCAUUCAGCGCAGGACCACGCAACUGCAUCGGACAGAAGUUUGCUAUUCUGGAAGAGAAAACGGUCAUAUCGACGAUCAUACGGAAGUUUCGUAUCGAAGCUGUCGAACGCCGGGAGGACGUUAAACUGUUGGGCGAUCUUGUUCUCAGACCCCGCGAUGGUUUGCGAAUCAAAGUCAGCCGAAGAUUGUGAGGAUCUGCAGGAGUAC